CGCAAACAAUUUCCAAGUUUUCUGCAAUCUUGUUUCAAUGGAAUUCGGUCAACGUAUUCAUCACAAUGUCAGGGUUGGUAAAAACUAUGACACUGUUACAUAUAAGAUGCUCAGCAGAUGAAACUGGCUUGAAGUGCUUGCAGCAUGUGCACAUGUUAAUGCGCAAUAAACCCAUUUAGCUGUUCUUUGUUUACCGUGAUAUAUUGUUUAAUUUAUUUGAGUGGAGCCAUGCUGAGUCUUUGGGUGGUUGCAUUGUUUGUUGGACCUGCAUUAGGACUAACGGUAAAAGACCUUUAUCCAUUUGGAGACCAAGCCGGAGAUACUGCCAUGGAAAAAAAUGACGAUGGAAGUUCGCCAGAGAUAUUCAUAUCAACUCUUUUCCCUUUUUUUAAUCACCAACAUUCCACAUUAAUUGUAAACACAAACGGAGUUAUUUCCUUUCUACAAGGGGUGAGGACAUGUACACCAGACCCAUUUCCUAUUGCCAAUGAUGCCAGGAUGAUAGCUCCAUUUUGGGCUGAUAUUGAUACAAGCCAGGGUGGGACAGUGUGGUACAGGGAAAGUAUAAGUGAGGAACUGCUAGACAGGACCACAGACGAAGUCAGAGCUUACUUUCCCGAUUUUUUUAAGUUUAGAGCAUCAUGGGUAUUUAUUGCCACGUGGGACCACGUGGCAUUUUUCGGAUGCUCUAAUGAAGGAUGUUUAAAGACUAAUACGUUUCAAGCAGUCUUGACAACAAAUGGUCAGCAUUCCUUCACGAUAUACAACUAUGAAGACAUACAAUGGACAACAGGAACAGCAAGUGGGGGAAACAGUACCACUGGGUUAGGGGGGACCCCCGCUCAGGUUGGAUUUAAUGCUGGCGAUGGAAAUGUUUUCUUCACCGUAAACGCUUCACGCAGCCCUGAUAUCAUAAAUGUGGAUGUGGAUUCAAACGUGGAAACACCCGGGAAGUUCGCGUUUAGGAUUGAUGCAAGUGAUAUCAGUGAUGGAGGAUGUAAUACAGAGGGAAAUAUGACAAUCGUUCCACGAUAUGGACCAAUGUUGGGAGGCCAGUAUUUGAUCAUCAGUGGUCCAUGUAUAGAACAAAAUGCUAUAAUUAAGGUGUCGUUCUCUGGAUCACCUCAAAAGAAAUGCGAGAGAAAAUCAGAAUUCGCUUUCGCCUGCAUCACACCUUUGUUUAGUCACACUGGGGAUACCCCUGUAAAAGUUGAAAUCGAGAACCUAGAGGGGGACAGUCGUACAUUUCAAGGUCUUUACACGGUUUUAAAUCCUGCCAACAGUAAGCAUCGAGUCUACAGACAAAACGCACCUGAUUGGUUCUCAGGACGACAAAAUAUAUCCUGGGACCCGGAUGUUCCAGAAUUACAAGAAGACAAUUCUGUUGAUAUACAUCUAUUUUUCCUUAUGGAAAACAAUGAUCGUCUUUUAAUAUGGAAGAGAGAUGUUCUUAAUGAAGCAGUAGAUCGUCUACAAGGUUCAGCCGAGGUCUACUUGACUGGAAAUGGUUAUGCUAUGGCAAUAAGAGUAACGGCUGAAACUAUCAGAAUUGAUCAGUCUGAGAGAGGAAUUUGGUCAGACAUAUUCCCGUUAGCCUUAACAUUUGACCAGGCAAACCAAUCAUGUAAAAACUGGUUGAAUACGGAAGUACAGUUGCCAGCACUCCCAUCUGAUGAUGUUCAACCAUGUCCUUGCACGUUAGACCAAGCUCUCUUGGAUAUUGUGCGAUUCCAACCGGAUCCGGAUUGCAACAUGUUCAACAGAAACUCGCAAUUUUCCCGUACUGGAAACUGUCUACACAGACGAGAUGCAGCGCACUGUAUUCGAUUGGCUCAAGCUGGCCCCGAUGGAAUCGACAAUCUGUGCUGUUAUGACGCGGACAAGAAUCUGAUUGAUUCACGACUCAGAGAAGGAGGGUCCGUACAGAGAUACCACUAUCUUGGGGGACCGGAAGUUCUUCCCUAUCUCUCCAAUUUCUACUUUGAUGUUCUCCCAUUUCUACACUGUUGUCGGUAUUCCCAGAAGGAACAGAAUGAUCCUAGCGAUGGCAUUAUUAAUGCAAAUAACAAUUUAUGUCCUCAAUACAUCAAACAAAGAAAAUACAGCUCCUGUGUCAACUACGAACCCCCGAGGCCUGCCAGGACAAACGGUGACCCCCAUAUCACCACCUUAGACGGAUACAGCUAUACAUUCAAUGGUGUUGGGGAAUUCGUGUACCUGAAAACCACGGACGGAACUUUUCAAAGCCAAAUCAGAUUUGAACAGUUUCGUAAAGAAAAUGGUGACUUGGUGGAUGCAAGUGUGUGUACCGCAUUCGUGUCCCGACAUUUCAGCACCUCUGGGUCUGAUAUUGUUGAGGUUCGUCUAAACUCUAUCAGAACAGCAGACCUGUUAGUUAACGGAGAUGUUAUUGACUUUGAUGAAUCAAAUGUUCACCAAUUCCGAGGUAUAUUCGUCGUGCAAAUGACAUCCAAUCAGCCCAAUCUUAACACGACGAAAAAGGAGUUUAUAGUGUCUUUUACUGAGAUUGGGAUCGCGUUCAGAGCCAUAGCGAGCCCUGCAGUGCUGAGUAUACUCCCUGUUGUUGGAAAUAAAACACUUGCUGGGAACUUAAGAGGUCUUCUUGGUGACUUCGAUGAGAAUCCAGAUAAUGACCUGAGGACGCCAUCAGAGGAAAUAUCAUUAACAAACUCAACCUCGGAGAGGAUUCACUAUGAUUUUGGCUUAUCGUGGAACUUAAGAGGUCUUCUUGGUGACUUCGAUGAGAAUCCAGAUAAUGACCUGAGGACGCCAUCAGAGGAAAUAUUAUUAACAAACCCAACCUCGGAGAGGAUUCACUAUGAUUUUGGCUUAUCGUGGAGAAUUACGGAAGAUAUUUCGUUGUUUAGUUAUGAACCUGGAAAAUCUUUUAGUGACUAUCAACUACCGAGAUUCCGACCAACAUUUAUUCUACCCACAAACCUUCCCCCGGAAGUUGUAGAGGUGUGUGGGACAAGCCGAGAGUGUGCAUUUGAUUUCACCCUAACAGAUUCGGUCGAAUUUGCAACAGAAACUGUGGAACUCUUGAUUAUCUUUAAUUCUUCACUUGCAUCUUCUAGUAAAAUAAAGAGCUGUGAAGACCUACCAUCUGUUGUUGGGGGUGUUUGGAAUGCAACAAACACGCUUGAAGGUUCAAAUGCCACCUUAUCAUGCUUUCAUGGCUAUGAGGCGACAGGCAAAAGUGGUAAUAUUCAGUGUCAUAAUGGAUCGUGGGGUAACUUGACCAACAUCAAAUGUAUUCCAAUAGUACCAAUUUCUACUACAAUGACAACAAAGGCGGUAACAACUUCAGAGGAACUGAUAACAGAACCGACGACAAGCAUCGAAAUGUCAGCCUCUCCUGAUAGGACGGAUAACGAGUUAGAGGGGAGCUCGCGUCAUAACUACGUCAUCACUAUCUGUGUUGUGGUGCUUGUCGUCAUUAUCAUCGUGAUAAUUGCUGUUGUUCUUUACAGACUAUAUAAAAACAACAGGAGACAAGAAUCAAAUCAAUAUCCUUUUGGAAAACUGUCAUACUUAAAUGGAUACUCGGUCUAUGAUUAUUAGACAAAAUGCUUUUUCAAAAUAAUGUUUUUAUAUUAAGUCUAACAUGAAUAAUGAUUAAUAUGUUAUCAAAAACCUAUUGUCCGUUUUUAAAUGUUUAUUAUCACUGCUUUUAAUGUAUACUUAUGUAAUAUACUAGUAAUUGAUCAUGAUCUAUGUGUAAGAAAGCGCAAUUAACUGAGGAUUUACUACUUGUUGAAAAGUUUGUUUUCAAAUGAAUAUUUAUGAUUAUCACAAUACCAAUAAAAACAGGCAUAUAUUCUACAGUUUGUUUCCCUUAUUUUGUGUUUACAUUUUGUUUGAGAAUAAUGUACAUGUCAUUUAUUUUGAAAAAAAGGUUUUUAUCAAAAUAAAAAAUAUGAAAGAACGGUGUUUUUCCAUUA